GAUGUGGACGAAUUUGAACAAAGUUCAAUUACAUCUCAUCCAAAUCCAAGGCCACUUCAACAUAGGGUUAAGGCUUGCUAAUUCAGCUUGCGAAAGGCCACUCACUGCUGAUUCAAGGUUUCAGCAGCUUACAACAAGGCUAUACUGUUGAUUUUGGUUUCCUGCAUCCUUGGUGGAUGCAGCAUUAAUUACAACUGGAAGGGCUCCGUUUACAAAAGGUCUUGGCUUGGAGAAUAUCAAUGUAGUAACGCAACGUGGUUUCGUUCCUGUUGACGACCGCAUGCGAGUAAUUGAUGCAAAUGGCAAAUUGGUUCCUCACUUGUAUUGCAUUGGUGAUGCAAAUGGUAAAAUGAUGCUAGCUCAUGCAGCAAGUGCGCAACGAAUUUCAGUUGUUGAACAAGUCAGCGGAAAAGAUCAUGUGCUUAAUCAUUUGAGCAUCCCAGCAGCAUGUUUCACUCAUCCUGAAAUCAGUAUGGUUGGGUUGACAGAGCCUCAAGCAAGGGAGAAAGCGGAAAAGGAGGGAUUUGAAGUAAGUAUUGCCAAAACAAGUUUUAAGGCUAAUACAAAGGCCCUAGCAGAGAAUGAAGGAGAGGGACUCGCUAAGGCGGAGUACGUAUUCGGAUCGUCCGCACCGUAUGCCCCAUCGACAGCCGCCGAUAUUGCGGGCCCCUUCAGUAGACUGGCGGAUUAUCGAUCUAACUCUGCCGCCACUCCAUCGAUGUCAUACCUACUAGACGACCCUUUCGAUGCGGAGGAGGUGGACACACCCACGUUGCCACCUCAGACUUGUCCAGAGACUUCAUACAACAUAACUCCCCGUUCACUUUACGUGGAGAUAGAUUAUCCAGUACUUAUGGGUGGAGACGACGGACAUGCAGCACAUCGACGUGACCGAACGCCAGAUGUUGACGAGCAGCUAGGCGAGGGCAGAUGCAGACGGUAGCCACCCCGACACCGGAGACGACCUCCCUGUGGCACCGAGUAGGCGAUGAUCGUUGUAUUAUUUCACUUGUACAACAUGUAUAUGUUCAUUCUUUCAUUUGUACAUCAUGUAUAUGUUCAUUUGUACAUCAUAUAUAUGUUCAUAACUUCAUUUGUACAUAAUGUAUUUGUUCAUUACUUCAUUUGUACAUAAUGUAUUUAUUCAUUACUUCAUUUGUACAUUAUGUAUUUGUUCAUUACUUCAUUUGUACAAAUGUAUUUAUUCUUAAUUUUGAAUGUAUAGAGGACCCAUAUGUAAAGUGACAAACAUGUUAAUUUGU